AUGGCGCCGCCCGCCGCCCGCCUCGCCCUGCUCUCCGCCGCGGCGCUCACGCUGGCGGCCCGGCCCGCGCCCAGCCCCGGCCUCGGCCCCGGACCCGAAUGUUUCACAGCCAAUGGUGCAGAUUAUAGGGGAACGCAGAACUGGACGGCGCUACAAGGCGGGAAGCCAUGCCUGUUCUGGAACGAGACUUUCCAGCAUCCAUACAACACUUUGAAAUACCCCAAUGGGGAGGGGGGCCUAGGCGAGCAUAAUUAUUGCAGAAAUCCAGAUGGAGAUGUGAGCCCCUGGUGCUAUGUGGCAGAGCACGAGGACGGUGUCUACUGGAAGUACUGCGAGAUUCCUGCUUGCCAGAUGCCUGGAAACCUUGGCUGCUACAAGGAUCAUGGAAACCCACCUCCUCUAACUGGCGCCAGUAAAACAUCUAACAAACUUACCAUACAAACCUGCAUCAGUUUUUGUCGGAGUCAGAGGUUCAAGUUUGCUGGGAUGGAGUCAGGCUAUGCUUGCUUCUGUGGAAACAAUCCUGAUUACUGGAAGUACGGGGAGGCAGCCAGUACUGAGUGUAACAGUGUUUGCUUCGGGGAUCACACCCAGCCCUGUGGUGGCGAUGGCAGGAUCAUCCUCUUUGACACUCUUGUUGGCGCCUGCGGAGGGAACUACUCGGCCAUGACCUCCGUGGUGUAUUCCCCUGACUUUCCCGACACCUAUGCCACGGGGAGGGUCUGCUACUGGACCAUCCGGAUUCCAGGAGCCUCCCACAUCCACUUCAGCUUCACCUUGUUUGACAUCAGGGAUUCUGCAGACAUGGUGGAGCUGCUGGACGGCUACACCCACCGCGUCCUGGUCCGUUUCAAUGGGAGGAACCGCCCACCUCUAUCCUUUAACGUCUCUCUGGAUUUUGUCAUUUUGUACUUCUUCUCUGAUCGCAUCAAUCAGGCCCAGGGAUUUGCUGUCUUAUACCAAGCCGUCAAGGAAGAGCCACCGCAGGAGAAGCCCACUGCCAAUCAGACGCUGGCUGAGGUGAUUACGGAACAAGCCAAUCUCAGCGUCAGUGCAGCCCGGUCCUCUAAAGUCCUCUACGUCAUCACCACCAGCCCAAGCCACCCACCUCAGACCGUCCCAGGAUGGACAGUGUAUGGCCUGGCAACUCUCCUCAUCCUUACAGUCACAGCCAUUGUAGCAAAGAUACUUCUGCACAUCACAUUCAAAUCCCAUCGCGUUCCUGCUUCAGGGGACCUUAGGGAUUGUCAUCAACCAGGGACAUCAGGGGAAAUCUGGAGCAUUUUUUAUAAGCCUUCUACUUCAAUUUCCAUCUUUAAGAAGAAGCUCAAGGGUCAGAGUCAACAAGAUGACCGUAAUCCUCUUGUGAGUGACUAAAGGCUGCCCCAUCUGUGCCCAGGACAAGAGUCCCUCCAAGCUCAAGGCUGCUGGAGCCCCGUGGUUUCCUGAUUGCCUCUCCCUGCCUCUCCCUGGCUGCCUCUGCAGAAGUGCCGUCCUAUGGGUUGGGAAGGGACGUCCUGCUGGGGGGCCAGCCUAGCCUGGACUCGCCCUACUUCAUCUCUGCACUUAGGAGAGAGACCCAAAGUCCCAGGGUCUGGGCCCUCCCUGUGCUUCUCUCUCUCUCUCUCUCAUCUAGAAUGAGGGCAUCAGGACAGAGGGGCUGAGAUGGCAGAGAUGGUUGUGUUUGGCACUGGGCUCAGGUACCUUCUAGACGACUGUAGGGUGGUGAGUAGGUAUAGUAUAUGCUGAGUCUUGCUUGCUUAUUUUCUGUUUUGUCCACACAGUUAGCUUUCUCUUGGUCUUUAUGGUUUAAAACAGGGAGGAUUCUGAGGUUCUCUUGGGGCUUGGCCUGGUCCUGUACUCCCUAGGCAUUAGCACCCCAAAGCAUAAAGAGGGCCCAUACUCUAUGCUGACUCUGGGUGUUUGGUCUCUGGGUGCUGCAUGAGGAUGGGCCUCUUCCAACCUGAGAGAGCCUGGGAAUUGACCCCAGAUCACAUCAAGCCUGUUAUCUGCCACACAUGGGCUUCUCUCUAUAGCUUCUUUCCAUAGCUCAGUGAUUACAGAGCAAGCCUGCAGAGUGGUCAUAUAAAACAUCCAUUCAUUUUUCACUCAACAGACUUUCCCAAAAGCUUUUAUAGGUGCUCAGUGACCCCUUGUUGUACCAGAUCGCCUGGCCUUGCCGCUGUGCGGCUCAUGGUCCUGUGGAACCUGAGGUGGGCUAUGUCUUUCUGUGAUUCUCUGACUCUCAGUUUAGAACAGGGAGUAUAAAUAUUGUGGCUUAGCCAUUAGGUGGCAUUAGGUGAGACACAGGUGCCAGCAGUCCCUCCUUUUGAUGUCACUCAUUUUAAAAGAAGAUGAAAAACCACCCCACAGCCUGUGCUCUCUGUGGCCCUCUCUGCUCCUUUUGUAUGGGGACAGAGUGCGGUCUGGAAUAACUCCGUGGGGAGGGCGAGGGCCCUUGUCCCUAGCCAAACACUGCCCUACUCUUCAGACAGGGAAGAGAGUUGCAGAGAGUGACAUGAGGACUGAGAAGGAGGCUUUGGGAACUGGAGACCAUCGAGGAUAGGCCUCCUAAGUUGGAGAGGUACAGCUGCGGUAGCUGCUGGUUGGGAGGAAGAGCCGUCUCCAGUUUAGAAGCACCCCCAUCCGGAAGUAGGCUUUGUCAACAACAGCUGAGAAGAGCAGCCUGUGCCUCUGAAGGCCGGAAUUGAGCCUUUCUCAGACCAGGACUCUCCCAGAGGCACCCGGGCCUUAGGCCUUGGGCCUCUGGCCUCAGAGGUUCCCUCUUUGGAGCACGUUGCCCACCUCCCCCAAACCCCUAAGCUACUGCCUGCUGUGGCCUUUCCUGGGGUUCCGGCACACUGGCGACCCAUGGGCACCUGUGCUCCUAGAAAUGCGGAGGGCCAUGCAGGGCCGGCUGGGGGGUGUCUGCAGGGAGAGGUGACUCCUUGGCAAGCAGGGUGUUGGGAGCUGGCAGGCAGAGGGGCACAAGAGGGUGGGGAAUGGGGCAGGGGCGCUGCCCCAGGUACCAGGUGAGUCUGCUCUGGGCACAGAGCUACUCAGCACUGUCUUCACACUUUGAUCUGGAAAGGGGAUUACCCUGGAGCAGCUGUCCACAGGCCUCUGGGUUUGGAGACAGAGGCCUGUCCCACAUGACUGGAAAUACACUGACAUGUGCAGUCUCCCCACUAAGCUAUUCCUGGCUGUUGUGGAAUCUCCUCUGAACCAAGUGUCAGGUGUGUGCAGUCACAAAGGGCCCUGUGCCCUGAAUAGAUCCAUUCACAGCACAAAGGGAAUGUGGAAUUUAGCCCUGGGAGGGGGUCGCCUGGCCGAGGGACAGUUGUUCAGCUGCCUAGGGCUUCCUGUGGCCAUUGACCUUUAGGGCAUCCCGUGAGCCUGCCCACCUCACACAGCCACUGUGUUGUCUGAGUGUGCAGCCGGAGCAGCCCAUUCUAAGCCCCAGGAAGUGCUGGUGAUGCCCCAGUGCCCUCCUUCCUGCUGGCCCUGGCACAGCCCACGGCCACCAGGAUCCACUUACUGUCCAGGGAGCAGCCUCAGGACACCCAAACCGGCCUUGGGACAGCGCUGGGGGAGAGGCCAUAAAUCGUCCCAGGCCCAGCCUCCAUAGACACCUUAGCCUUGGUCAGGCCCUGGCCCUGGUCAGAACCUGUCAGCAUCACCUGCAGAAGGUCCCCUGUGACUAAGUAAACACCUGAGGAAUAGACUGUCCCAGAGGAGGUGAGGUGUGCUCCCAGGAGCACCAUAGGGGGCCCACAUUUGGUCUUUUAAGAAACUAGUUUAGAGAGAAGUGGGGAAUGGAGGGGCUGGAAAGCAUGCCCCUGAGGAAGGACAUCACAGAUCACAAAGCAGAUUAGUAAAGACGCAGGGGAGGGACUUUGGGGACCACUAUGGCCUGCCACUUUGAAAGCAUCCUGCCCAAAGCCUCUGCCCUGAGGUGACAGUGAGUGGUGUCUCUGGGCCUAUGUGCCCUCAGCCCUUCACUGCAGGAUCCAGGCCCUGCCUUCUCAGCGUGUGUCGCCGGCAAGGGAGGGCUGUGGGCAGCCAAUCUUGCUGCCUUCACGGUAAAUGCCUGCAGCCAGCUGUGAAUGUGCUCUCUUAGCUGCUUUUCACGGUGUCCUUGGCCCCUCAGGAAGGCACAUAGCACCCCAUGUUCUUCCCCAAGUGCCCAAUCACUUGCAGAACAGAGAAGGUGUAGGCAUGAACCUCAGGUGUCCUCCACAUCCCCCUUCCUUGUCAGAACAGGGUUGAGGCCUCUUCCUGGGUGUAAGCGAGGUAACGGGGCUGCUCUAACUUCUGAAGUUAGAGACUCCAAUCAACCAGAAACCCACAAAGAUCAAAGCACCAGCAAGUACAGCUGUUCUGGCCUGCAGGCCCAACCCAUCCAGCCCCCCUACUCGCCCCAUUGUCAGCCCAAGGCGGGAGCUGUCCUGAGCCAGCCACUUGCCAGGCUGUCUUGACACAUCAGCGGGGCACAUAGGCCAUCACAAAGCCCUGUACGUCCUGGGCACUUAAUCUUCAUGAGCACUUAGAAGUGGACAGCCUCUGAGAUCCUGUCUCCCAUGCCUGAUGAGGCCAUCCCAGGUCCCCAGAGAGCCUGGCCAGCUCCCCACCCCAUAGCCAACUGCCACCCUCUAGGGAUUUGGAUCUUCUGUUUGGUGUUCGAUGUCUGCCUUUGUUACUACCUUGGGAACUUUUAACUUUUUGAUUGUUUCCUCUGGUGUCUUUGUUUACCUUCCCCACUGUUCUACCUCCUGGCCAGGUCUCUCAGCCUAGCUGCCCUGGCGUGGGGUAUUUCUCAAACCUUCCAGCUGCAGCUGCCUCCCCCUCAAGCUGGACAGCUCAGGGGUGAUGAUGGGCCUCACCCGCUGCCUGCAGACCCCAGGGGAGCCCAUCUCACAGGCUUCUGUGUUGCCAAGUUGAACAUACUCAACAAGGCAGAAGUGGGGUGUGGAGGAGAGUCUGAGGUAAAUCUGCUUCCGAAAGGAUGUGUCUUCAGGAGCACGUAGUGGGACACCCUUUCCCUUCCUGCACAGGGAGCUGCCGUCUUGGGGUUCACGCAGCAUCAAGACCUGCCCAUAUCCAGACUCACCUUCCCGCAGGGAUCUUGACUUUGGAUGACAAGGCUUUAUUUGUAAAUAUGCUCUUAAUAUGCAACUUUGAGAAUAAAAUAGAAACAUCAUGUAUUUUAAAAUAUAAGAUGAAGUGUGACGCACUGUAUACAAUUUAAUAUAUAUUUUUAGGAUUUUGUUAUUUAAGAAAAUGGAAUGUAAUGGUACUUAACUUUUACAAAAGAGAGAAAAAUGUUAUUUUUACUGUCUGGAGAAAAUAAAUAUUCUCACUGUUGUAGAAACAGC